CAAACCAACCUGGCUGACUUUACCAUUUUGACCUUACCAUCAAUCACAUCAUAGCCGCAUUUGUUUGAGAUUUAUUCGGAUGAUAUAUUUGCAUUUUUGUCUUCCUUUUCAAACCCCUAGCUACAUUCUUGUGUCAAAGGUGCACAUAAACCUCAAUUGUGGGGAUUUGAUGUAUGCUAGAGCUUGAUUUUCUCCUGCCUAAGGGCUGUAUUUGAUCAUUCGAGUUAUCUUGCAAUAUUCGAUCAAUCAUGUGUGAUGUUAUGCCCGCACCUCUUGACCGACCUGUCAAAAUUGGUCAUGAGAUGGAACAUUCUGAGGAUGAAAAAAAGAAAAAAGUUGGGUCUAUAAAGAAGGUGGCAUUGAGUGCCUCGAGCAAGUUCAAAAAUUCAUUCACCAAGAAGGGGAGGAAGCACAGCAGAGUUAUGUCUAUCUGUAUUGAGGAUAGUUUUGAUGCAGAAGAGUUACAGGCAGUUGAUGCUCUUCGACAAACACUUAUCUUGGAAGAGCUCUUACCCUCAAAGCAUGAUGAUCCUCAUAUGAUGCUAAGAUUUUUGAGGGCAAGAAAGUAUGACAUAGAGAAAACAAAACAAAUGUGGACAGAUAUGCUUAAGUGGAGGAAGGAAUUUGGUGCUGACACUAUCAUGGAGGAUUUUGAAUUCGAGGAACUAGAUGAAGUUCUAAAAUGCUAUCCACAAGGACAUCAUGGAGUUGAUAAGGAUGGAAGACCUGUUUACAUUGAAAGAUUGGGUCAAGUUGAUUGUAACAAGUUGUUGCAAGUAACCUCAGUGGAACGUUAUCUCAAGUACCAUGUACGAGAGUUUGAGAGGGCUUUUGCUGUUAAGUUGCCUGCAUGUUCAAUUGCAGCAAAGAAGCAUAUUGACCAAAGCACAACUAUUUUGGAUGUGCAAGGAGUGGGUCUUAGAAGUAUGAACAAAGCUGCAAGGGAUCUCCUCCAAAGGCUUCAGAAGAUUGAUGGUGACAACUAUCCUGAGUCCCUGAACCGUAUGUUCAUCAUCAAUGCUGGUUCUGGAUUUAGGCUAUUGUGGAACACUGUAAAGUCAUUCCUAGAUCCCAAGACCACCUCAAAAAUCCAUGUCCUAGGUAACAAAUACCAGAGCAAGUUGCUUGAAGUAAUUGAUGCCAGUGAACUUCCGGAGUUCUUGGGUGGUACUUGUACUUGUGCUGAUAAAGGUGGCUGCAUGCUAUCUGACAAGGGUCCAUGGAAUGAUCCAGAGAUCUUGAAGAUGGCUCAAAAUGGUGUUGGCAGAUACACAAUAAAAGCUUUAUCCGGGGUUGAGGAGAAAACAAUCAAACAAGAAGAAACUGCAUAUCAGAAGGGAUUCAAAGAUUCAUUUCCAGAGACACUUGAUGUUCAUUGUUUGGAUCAACCCAAAUCCUAUGGUGUUUAUCAGUAUGAUUCCUUUGUUCCAGUACUUGACAAAGCAGUUGAUUCUUCGUGGAAGAAAACAAUCCAAAACGACAAAUACGCGCUUUCGAAAGAUUGUUUCUCCAACAAUAAUGGAAUGAAUUCUAGUGGAUUUAGCAAACAAUUUGUUGGUGGAAUAAUGGCACUUGUUAUGGGAAUUGUGACCAUAAUUCGCAUGACAAGUAGCAUGCCAAGGAAAAUCACAGAAGCAGCACUUUAUGGUGGCAACUCAGUGUAUUAUGAUGGCUCCAUGAUAAAAGCAGCUGCAAUUUCAAACAAUGAGUAUAUGGCCAUGAUGAAGCGCAUGGCUGAACUUGAAGAGAAAGUCACUGUUCUCAGUGUUAAGCCUGUCAUGCCUCCAGAAAAAGAGGAAAUGCUUAAUAAUGCUCUAACCAGAGUCAGUACUCUUGAACAGGAGUUGGGUGCAACCAAAAAGGCACUAGAAGAUGCCCUUACUAGACAAGUGGAACUUGAAGGUCAAAUUGACAAGAAGAAAAAGAAGAAGAAGAAGUUGUUCCGCUUCCACUGGUGAAGUGAUAAUUGCGUUUGUUACGUGACCUUCAAAAACAAGGAGUUGUAAAGUUGGAGGCUUUCUAUAUUACAUGCCCUGCAGCAUUCACCUAUCUUCUAAAGAGAGUAUUGUUAUUGUUAUUCCUUUAAAAAAAAAAACUAAUAAAGUUUGCCAUCUUUUGACAAUUGUGUACAUUAUUGAGUCUCAAACUCAUUGAGUAACAUUUGGGUUUCAUAAUAUUAUUGUAACCCCUUGGCCUCUGCGCAAUCUUCAAACUUAAUGUAAAAGAUGUUUCUCCAUGUACAUUAUGCAAUCUAAGUACUACUUCCAUAUAAGCAUAUGUGUAUUUCUCUUGAGGUCACUUGGUUGUAAGACGUGGUUUUCAUAAUUUGACUAUUUACGGAA